GUUUUCAAUUAGUAUACAGUUGUGAUUUGUGUUGGACGUUUGAACUUCAUUUAUUUCAAGAAAAAAUGUGUCGAUCCAACGAUACCAAUUUAUCGUUGAAAUAUUUUUUCGUUAUUUUGUCAUUUAUUCCAUUAGUUUUUGGAUUUGCAAUUACUAGAAAUGAAACUUUUAAUGUAGAUGGAUUUCGGACAGAAGUGAUUUCUGCUAGUGAUACCAAAAAAGUUGAAAGUGAAUGCGCCACCAGCUUGACACCAGAACUCAUCGAGGAAAUCAAAGAAAAUCAACACAUUGUCGAUAAAAUCACAAAUGCCAUCGUAAGAGGACAAUACUCGGGAGAUACAUGGAAUGCAUUAGCAGAAAUGACUGAUAAAUUUGGUUCCCGAAUGACGGGGUCACAGAGUUUAGAAAAUGCGAUUGAUUACAUGGUUGAUGAGUUGAAAAAAGCUGGCUUAGAUAAUGUUCACACGGAAAACGCUACCGUACCACACUGGGAACGCGGCUACGAAAGUUGUCGAAUGGUGUCACCGCGACAAGCAAAAAUUGCUAUCACUGGUUUUGGGUCUUCCGUUGGCACAUUGGGAGAUGGUUUAAUUGCUGAUGUUGUUGUUGUCGAGAGUUUUGAAGAAUUUGAUAAAUUGCCCGCGGCGACUGUACAAGGGAAAAUCGUUUCAUUUGUACCAGAGUGGCGGGGAUAUUUUGAAACGGUUAUAGUACGAAUACAAGCAGCGUCGGUAGCAUCGAAAAAAGGAGCUGUGGCAGCUUUAGUUCGAUCUAUGACACCAUAUUCUACCUUACACACUGGUUGGCAAGAAUAUGGAAAUGAUGUUAAAAAUAAAAUUCCAGCGGCAGCAGUUACCGUUGAAGAUGCAUACAUGAUGCUUCGAAUGUAUCGUAGAGGUGAAAAAAUAACCUUGCAUCUGGAAAUGGAUGACAAAAAUCUGGACGAUUUCGUGUCACGCAAUACAAUUGCGGAAUUAGCUGGUGAGACAAAAGCUCCAGUUGUAGUUGUUUCGGGGCAUUUGGAUAGUUGGGAUUUGGGCGUUGGUGCCAUGGAUGACGGUGGCGGUGCAUUUAUCGCAUGGAAAGCAUUACAUUUAUUGAAACGGCUCAAUUUGAAACCAAAAAGAACAAUUCGUGCAAUUCUAUGGACUGCGGAAGAGCAAGGUCUUUAUGGCGCCCAAGAAUAUGAACGACAACAUAAAUCACAUGAAAAAGAAGAAUUUAAUUUUUUCAUUGAAAGCGAUGCGGGCACAUUCACACCCCUCGGAUUGGAUUUUAGUGGAAACAAGGAAGCUGAGUGCAUUUUUCGGGAAGUUUUGAAACUGAUGGCUCCGUUGAAUGCAACACAAUUCAAUUCACCAACUGGUGCUGGUCCAGAUAUACGACAAUGGUCAAAUCGUGGAUUCCCAGCUGCAAGUCUCAUGAACAAGAAUGACAAAUAUUUUUACUAUCAUCAUUCGGCUGCUGACAGUAUGCUUCUUGAAAACUCAGAUGAUCUUGACAAAAAUACCGCUCUGUUCGCUUCAGUUGCUUAUGUUAUUGCCAAUUUAAGUGUUGAUAUGCCAAAAGAUGUUAAAAAUUAACAAUACACAAACAUUAUUUGGCUACAAACUAAUCAAAUUAAUUAUUGUAUUGCUUUGAGACCAUGAUGGCAAUAAAAAGAGUAAAACAGA